AAAAGACUAUUCGAGAAACUCUUCGGCAACUACAGCCGGCACAUUCGGCCGGUGAAGAACGUGUCGGAGCCAGUCAUCGUACACUUCGAGGUGUCGCUGUCUCAGCUCAUCAAAGUGGAUGAAGUCAAUCAAAUUAUGGAGACGAAUCUCUGGCUGAAACAUAUUUGGAAUGAUUACAAGUUAACAUGGGAGCCAGCUGACUACGAAGGAGUCCGCUUCAUUAGAGUUCCUUCUGACAGAAUCUGGAAGCCAGAUAUCAUCCUGUACAACAAUGCGGUUGCCGAUUUCCAAGUGGAUGAAAAGACCAAGGUGUUGCUGAUGUCCAACGGCACGGUGACCUGGAUCCCACCGGCCAUAUUCAAGAGCUCCUGCAAGAUGGACGUGACCUACUUCCCGUUCGACUACCAGAACUGCAGCAUGAAGUUUGGUUCCUGGACCCACGACAAAGCCAAAAUCGACCUGGCCCUGAUCGGCAGUGAGAUCAACAGGAAGGACUUUUGGGAAAGCGGUGAGUGGGCAAUCAUCGCUGCCCCCGGGUACAAGCACGACAUCAAGUACAACUGCUGUGAAGAGAUCUACACAGAUAUAACCUACUCCAUUUACAUUAGACGAAUGCCUCUAUUCUACACCAUCAACAUGAUCAUCCCUUGCCUGAUGAUUUCUUUUCUGACCAUUCUGGUUUUCUGGCUGCCCUCUGACUGUGGUGAGAAGAUAACUCUUUCUAUUUCGGUUCUACUCUCGCUCACUGUGUUUCUCCUGGGCAUCACAGAGAGUGUGCCAUCCACCUCCUUGGUGAUCCCUCUCAUUGAGGAGUACCUGCUCUUCAUCAUGAUCUUUGUGGUCCUCUCCAUUAUCAUCACUGUCUUUGUGCUCAAUGUCCACUACAGAAGCCCCGCCACCCACACCAUGCCAACCUGGGUGAAAAGCAUCUUCCUAAAGGCGCUGCCACGCAUCUUGUUCAUGACGAGGCCCGGGAGCGGCAAUGAAGCUCGGGAACACUCACCGGACAACAGUGGCGAACUCUCCGACUUCAGCAGCUCGUCAGAGACCUGCAGCCAGGGGCUGCAAUGCACUUGCUGCAGGGGAUGCAGGCUGAGAGCUCCGGACACUGGGGUCUGUCUGACACAGAGCUCCAGUGCAGAGUCCCCGGAUGCUUUGCUGGCAAUCUCCGGCUUGUCUCCUGAAGUUCAGGAAGCCGUGAAGAGCAUUACACACAUUGUGGAACGGAUGAAGCUGCAGAACGAAUAUAAGGAGAUACAGGAUGACUGGAAAUACGUUGCCUUGGUGAUCGAUCGGAUCUUCCUCUGGAUCUUCAUCCUGAUGUGCAUCCUAGGAACAACCAGCUCAUUCCUGCAGCCGUUGAUGUCCACCAACGAGAUCUGA